UGGGAAGCAGCCUUAUUACCUAGAAGAAGGGCAGCAAAUACAACGAGCAGCUUGAGAGAGAGAAUAAUAAUAAUAAAAAACCUCGACAACAACAAUAAUAAAAACAGCACACCGUCUUUCACCGAGCAGGAGCGUCUCCGGCUCUGUCUGUGUCGUUUUGAAAGGAGGAGAGAGAGAAAAAACCCAAACAGCACGAUGUCAGCCAGAGGUGGGAAAAAGAAGGUCACGAAGCUGUCCCGGUCAUCCAGGGCGGGGGUCAUCUUCCCCGUGGGGAGGAUGAUGAGGUACCUGCGCACCGGUACGCACAAAUACCGCAUCGGCAUGGGGGCUCCCGUCUACAUGGCAGCGGUCAUCGAGUACCUGGCAGCUGAGAUUUUGGAGCUGGCAGGGAAUGCAGCGCGAGACAACAAGAAGGGUCGAAUAACUCCCAGACAUAUCAAACUGGCUGUGGCCAAUGACGAGGAGCUCAACCAGCUUCUAAGAGGAGUGACCAUAUCAAACGGAGGCGUCCUGCCUCGGAUCCACCCGGAGCUUCUCUCCAAGAAGAGAGGAAGCCGGGCGAAAGCGGACACCCAGACGUCCACGCCCGAGAAGCAGGAGGAGCGCUCCAAGAACAAGAAAGUGGUCAAACCUUUCAAAAAGUUCAAGGGGAAACGAGGCCGCAAGCCGAAGAGCGCAGAAGGUGACAAAGAGUCUGUCCCGAGUUCCUCUGUGGAAGACGGACCAGGAGACGGAUUCACCAUCCUGUCAGCAAAGAGCCUGUUUCUCGGACAGAAACUUUCACUAACAGAGAGUGAAAUCAGUAAGAUCGGAUCCAUCAAGGUGGAAGGAAUCAUAAACCCGACAAACGCAGAGCUGGACCUCAAAGAUGGAGUCGGAAACGCUCUGGAGAAAGCCGGAGGCCGAGAGUUCCUGGACGGCGUUAAGGAGCUGCGGAAAGCCCAGGGGCCUCUGGAGGUGGCGUCAGUGGCAGUGAGCCAGGCCAACGGGAUGGCGGCCCGCUUCGUUAUCCACUGUAACGUCCCUCAGUGGGGCUCGGAGAAGUGCGAGGACCAGCUGGAGAAGACGGUGAAGAACUGCCUCUCAGCAGCCGAGGAGAAGAAGCUGAAGUCCGUGGCCUUCCCGUCACUUCCAGCCGGACGGAACGGCUUUCCAAAGCAGACGGCCGCUCAGCUCAUCCUGAAGGCCGUCUCCAACCACUUUGUGUCGUCCACCAGCUCCUCCCUGAAAAACAUUUACUUUGUGCUGUUUGACAGCGAGAGCAUUGGAAUCUACCUACAGGAAAUGGCCAAGCUGGACACCAAGUGAGGAUCUCUUCAUUUCUGUGGGGUGGGGGGGUUGUUAAUUGUUGCCGUUGUGUGGGUGGGGUCGGGGUGGCGGGAUCCAGCAGUAGGGCUUUUAAUGUGUGGUGGUCUCUUCGAGGAGGGAAACAGUAAUUGUGAGUUAGAGGAGCUGUUCACGUUUUCUGUUCCACUUGUCUCGUUGGGCAUUCUUUAGAUCUUUUACAUCUUUAGUUUGACUUUAUUGUUCUUUAUUUCACUGUUUCUACUCGUUUUUUUCCUUCCCCUUUAAACAUUCARUGUAUAUCCUUCUUUUCUUGUCUCUGUAGUUUCUCAUAGGUURUUAAAAGUUGUGAUUCUCAUUCAGCUUUGAAAUAAAUCUGAUAUUUUACACCAAACUUA